ACUUGGAUCUAUCUACUGAAGAGAUGUAUCCUGCUGCAGCUGACUCCGCCGAGCAUUAGAGGGCGCUGCCGCUUUCUGUAGCUUCCUGUCCAGCCUUUUCUCUUUCCGGUAUAGGCUCGCAUUGUCCUGGGCGAGGGGUAGUCAUGGCUGCAGCAGGAGCUCCGGCGACAAUAGCCUCAGGCGGAGGCGGGGAGCGGAGCAGCACCCGGGACCGCCUUUUGGCCGCCUUGGACGACCUGGAGCUUCUAGCUCGGGAGCUGAUUGAAAUGUUGGCAAUUUCAAGGAACCAGAAACUUGCACAACCUGGAGACGAGGCCCAGAUACUGGACCUGCUGAUUCAGAGAGAUAAAGAGUUCCAGGAAUUAAUGAAACUGGCCCUUGAGCAAGGGAAGAUCCACCAGGAGAUGCAACAUUUAGAAAAAGUGGUGGAGAAGAGGGAUAGCGAUAUCCAGCAGCUUCAAAAACAACUGAAAGAAGCAGAGCACAUUCUGGCCACAGCUGUUUAUCAAGCAAAAGAAAAGCUGAAAUCAAUAGAAAAAGCAAGGAGGGGCUCUGUUUCCUCUGAAGAAAUAAUUAAAUAUGCUCACAGAAUUAGUGCCAGUAAUGCAGUCUGCGCUCCGCUCACAUGGGUGCCAGGGGAUCCCCGAAGGCCAUACCCGACCGAUUUGGAGAUGAGAAGCGGUCUCCUGGGUCAGAUGAACAACCCAUCAGCGAAUGGAGUCAACGGACACCUACCAGGGGAUGCGCUUGCAGCGGGCAGAUUACCAGAUGUGCUUGCACCUCAGUAUCCUUGGCAGUCGACCGACAUGUCCAUGAACAUGCUGCCUCCUAAUCACAGCAACGAUUUCAUGCUAGAACCUCCCGGGCACAAUAAGGAGAAUGAAGAUGACGUGGAGGUCAUGUCGACGGAUUCCUCCAGCAGCAGCAGCGACUCAGAUUAGCAGGCUCCCCGUUUUUGGACUAGCAAAAGCAGACUGUACUUGGAGCUGCAUCACAUUGUUUGUUCUGCCCACGGAUGAGAGACACAUUACACAGCGAGAAGCAGGAAAGGACAGUGGUGAUUUUUUGUGGAUAUUUGAACGGGUACUCACCAGAAACACCCUAAUCAUGGUUGGUGUCUGAGGAGCGGAGGUAACAGAGUGCUUUUAUUUUAUUGUACGUUUGAUAAAAUCUCUAGAAUGUGAAAUGUAAGGAGAAUCAACUGGAAGUUACCUUGAAUGAACUACCGUUACAUUUUCCUUGACAGCACAUGAAAGGAGGAGUUAAAUAUUAAAGUUGUUGAAGUUUUCUGUAA